AUGGAGUGCUCGACCGAAGUAUGUGAUCUUCGCGAACAGGAGUAUAUGGCUUUGACCGCGGAGGAUUUGGAAAAUAAAACUUUUACCGAGAACUUUUUUAUUUCUAUGGAGUUGGAAGCGCAUAACCAGCAAUGUGAGGAUGUUCUCAAAUAUGCCGAAGAGAUGUAUGUUUUGACCUUUCUGUUACUUCCGAGAAUGCGUCUUGCUCGGUCGGUACGAAAAGGUCCACUGGUCAAGAAGGUCCGAAAAAGGUUUCCUAAGCUAGGUGAGGUCUGGAGGCUAGUCGAUCAUGCUGAUCAAUAAAAUCCCAUCCAUUUUUUUCUAACUUUUACUUGUUUGUCUUAAGUAGAACUGUAAAUUAGUAAUCUUUCAUCCAGAUCGCACUAAGUUAAAUUUUUUGCGGAGCUUUUUGCCCAGCGGACCUAUUCGGCACUUGCGUUUGCUAUAACUUUUCUAGAAUAAAAUUAUCCGAGAAACGUCUGGCCCAAGUCGGCGACCGAUUCGAAGAUUCCGAGAAAAUUCUCCAAUACGGUAAGUUUACAAACGUUGUUUUUAUGAUGUGGUUUUAGUAAACGAUGUUCUUGAUAACUUUGAGCGUAAGAAUGAAGAGCUUGCUCUUUUCCACAAGAAGUUUCAACAGAAUGCCCGCAACUUUACAGAAAGGACCGAAUUGGCCAAGAGACGUAAGUGCUUCAAAAUUCUUUUUAUUUUUUAGGUAAUAAUGAGAAGCCAAAACAUGUAUUGGAAGUUGAGAAGUCGUUGAAAGCUCUGGACGAUGUUGAAGAAAAGUUGUCUGAAAAAAUAGAGGCCGCUUACAAAGAGCUCGAAUAUUGGCGUAGGGCAGUUCACCAUCAAGAGUCUCUGUAUGAACAAGCUCGUUCUGAAGUUUGUAGGUUACUCAACUCUCAAACCGUUUUUAGUAAUUUAGAGUGAUUAGUUCUGUUAUAGGUGAGCUGCAGGCAAAAAUGGAGAGGUUGGAAUUGACGUUGGAGCAGUGCGAAGCCGAACAUAGGGCUAGAAGGGCACAACAGCUAGCCGAGGUGGAACGGCAAGAGAAGGAACGGAUCGCUGCUGAAGAAGCGGAGAAUAUUCGUGUGGAACAGGAAAGAUUAAGGUAGUUUUAAUAUUUUUUAGAACGUUAAUUAAUUCUUGAUUUAUAUUUUCCUUGAUGAAGAAUAAAAUUUAAUACUGUAUUUUAGAAUCGAGGCAGCAGAGGAACAGAAGAGGGAAGAAGAGCGGAGAUUGAAGAGAGAAGAGGAAGAAGAACUAAAACGACAAGAAGAAGAGAAAAGGAAACUUGAAGUAGAAAGACAAAAGCUGGAAGAGGAAAAGAAAAGACUAGAAGCGUUGGAAAGAGUUAAGAAUGCUGAGGAAGAAGAGCGAAAGGAACAAGAAUUGAAGAAAAAGGAAGAGGAAAAACGUGAACUUGAAGAAGAACGAAAGAGGAAAGAAUUGGAAGAACAAAGAAAAGCGGAGGAAGAAGAGAGGAUUGAAGAAGAGUUAAAGAAGCAACAAGAACUUAAGAUGUUGGAAGAAAAGAAACGGCAGAAGGCGGCUGAGGAAAGACGAAUCAGAAAAGAAGAGGAAGAAAAGAAACGGAAAGAAGAAGAGAAAAAGAAACUUGAAGUAGAAAGACAACAGCUGGAAGAGGAAAAGAAAAGACGAGAAGAAUUGGAAAGAGUUAAGAAUGCUGAAGAAGAAGAGCGAAAGGAACAAGAAUUGAAGAAAAUGGAAGAGAAAAAACGACAACUUGAAGAAGAAAGAAAGAGGAAAGAAUUGGAAAAACAAAGAAAAGCGGAGGAAGAAGACAAAAGGAAAAGAAGCCGGAUUGAAGAGGAGUUAAAGAAGCAACAAGAACUUAAGGUGUUGGAAGAAAAGAAAAAGAAACGACAGAAGGCGGCUGAGGAAAGAAGAAUCAGAAAAGAAGAGGAAGAAAAGAAACGGAAAGAGGAAAUGAAGAAACAAGAAGUUGAGAAGAGAAAAAACGAGGAAAGGAAGAUGGACGAAGAGAGAAGGAUGAAAAAAGAAGAAGUGAAGAAACAGAAGGAGGAGCAAGAAAAAGAGAACAGAAGAAAACUUGAGGAGGAAAAGAAACUGCUUAAAGAAAGAAAACUAUUGCAUGAUUUGAACAGUAAGGAAUAUUAUUAUAAUGACUUGUUUUAUUUACUCUCAGGGAAGUAAUUAAAAUGCGACGCUCAGAUUUUAAUGAAACCUGGCGCAGGUUUAAAAUAUUUUUUCGCAUAUGCGAGACUCCUAGUUCGCGUUUUGCGGGAACGACAGAGAUUUUUAGGUCAAAAAUUGGAAAAAACGCGAAAUUUUUUGCUAGUUUUCCCUUGUCAGUUUUAUUCAGUUUUUUUUCAGAGAAGCAGAAUCAAGAAAAGGACGAUCUUCCGAAAACUCCUAUAAAGGUCUUAAACAGAGAGAAUUCGAGAAAUAAUUUGAUGAAGAAGGCGCCUUCCACACCCAAGGCUCAGACUCCGACCAAAAAAGUUGAGCGUGCCAGAUCUAUGACACCAAUUAAAAUGAAGAAAAAAAACCUGGACGAGACUAUUGAGGAAGAGGAUGUCUUCGCCUUCUGA